AGAAUCCAUCGCUGCUGUGUGAUAAAGUUUCAUGUGUAGGUGUACUAGUAGAAGCGCUCAGGCCUUUGCAGUGUGUGUAGAGCUACAUCAAGUACAGGAUACUUCCAAAAGUGCUGCUUCCGGUUCGCUUAAGCUCAUGCUGUGAGCGUGAGACUGACGGUAUGGUCGUGGUGGCAUCAGCUUUUGUGUGUAGAAGCUCAGAUUUACUUAUGAACCUGCCUUCUUAAUAUCGUGGCAUCUUUCGAUGAAAUGUAGUGCUCCUGUACUGCUCGUGCUCCCUGCUUCAGUGGCGGUUCGACGGCGUGAAAAUGAACCAAGCCUACCGAGAACGACCCUGAAGAUCCUGAAGUUCUUGCCGCACUUGAACAUAAUUCCCAGUACCACCAACCCCGAUAAUCAUCUUCACCAUGGUGAAACCCAUCUGGAAGCUGCAGGAGUACAUCGGCCACUUGGACGAGGUUCGGUCCUGUCGGCUCGGCCAAAAGUCGGGCACAAAAAUUCUUGCCACCGGCGGUGCGGACAAGCGGGUCUGCGUGUGGCAAAUCGGGCAACCGCAGCCGUUGGUGUCACUCACGGGGCACGCGAGCGUACCGCAGAGCCUCGUGUUUGACCAAGCGGAGGAAAGUCUGGUGGUCGGCUGCGCGGGGGGAAGUCUGCAGGUCUGGAAUCUGGACCAGCAGAAAGUGCACGCCAGCUUUACCGGCCACAGGACCAGUUGCGAAUGUACUUUUUUUGCGGAGUUUUGUUUGUUGUUUGUGUGUCACUAGGAGGUAGUAGAGUUUGUGUCGGAGUAAAGGACUUGAAAUUUAUUUCUAACUGCGAUGACCUUCGGUUUUUCCAUGUAUGAUGCGAUCAAAUAGAAAUAUACGACCAGCACCAGCAACCAUGUCGUGGAUGCGCAUGCAGCAGUGAAUCGAUAGAAAGUAAGCACACCUACUUCUACAUCAGGUGUCGAGUUCCACCCUUACGGCGAUUUUUUCGCGUCCGGCUCGCUGGAUACCAACAUGAAGAUUUGGGACCUGCGCCGGAAAAGCUGCAUCCAGACCUACAAGGGGCACUCGAUGGGCAUCAGCUGUGUGCGGUUUUCGCCGCACGGCCGCUGGGUCGCGACGGCGGGGCAGGACGCGACGGUCAAGCUGUGGGACCUGACGGCGGGCAAGUUGAUGAAGGAAUUUUCCUUGCACAAGGCCGGCAUCACCAGCAUGGACUUCCACCCGGAUGAAUUUUACCUGGUCACCGGCUCGGUGGACCGGACUUGCAAGUUGUGGAACCUGGAAAGCUUCAAAAACGUCUCCACCACGGAUAUGGGGUCGGGACCCGUGCAGGUACUUAUUUUUCUACCUAAAAGUCUAGAGGUUUGGCUUUAUUUUGAAGAUGCAACUUGGCCACGACAACUGAAUUAUUAUUAUAAGGAAACUGGCGCCAAACUGUUGCUGCUUGACAAUUGAAGUGUGAAGUUGAAGAUUCCGCAAAAAUCGAAUUUUAUGCACUCCUGCAGCAAGUGAUCUUUCACCCGGAGCACAAAGCGGUUGUUGCUGGGUUCGCUGACGGUCUCCGUUCGUACUCCAUCAGUAACCUCUAUGGAUGUGUCAGGAUUGAAAUCGACAAAGUUGAAAUAACUUGUAAUGCAGAAAAUGGAUGAAAGUUGCAUCCCAGUUGCCAAGUGGCGCAUGACAAAUUUGGGUAGAGCCGAAGCCCAGCUUGUCAUGCUGUUCGGGUAAGGAAGACGCCUUUUGUCAUUCUACUUUAGCAGCUCUAUUUCUACCCCGAAACAGGCUUGCAAUCUGCCCCCCUUGCCUACUCUGCAAGACAGGCACUUUCUGCGUUGCAUUUUAUGCAUGACAAACUAUUUCAACUUUGACGAUUUCAAACCUGACAGUUCCAUAACCUCCAGGCUGCGCCGACCUGCUACGAAGCCGAGUGGGGCGGGAAAUUGCAUGACCUUCGGAUCUCCGAUACGCACUGCAAAAUGACCGGAAUUUCCGUCGAGAGCAGCAAAGUGAACGUGUGGGUAGGGACCCUGAAUAAGAAGGAGGAGAACAACAUUCUGCCAAGCGGAGCAAAUGCCGGCGUCCCGCUGAUGAAUUAUAAAAGCUCGGUACUACUACAUGCAAGUAUUUUAAUGCAAAUAAGGUGGCAGACGCAGACCAUGAGCAUGACCACUCAGACGCAAUGAAUUUUGUCUUCGUAAUCGUAUGUUGUAGUUCUACAACUUGUUAUUUCAACUUUAUUCCUCGGUUUAAAAAAAGACAGAGUAGAACUAUCAACUCGGUCCUUUGUACAAUUUCAGGUCGUCAGUCGCGAAUCUUCUGAUCUGGUAACCAAAUGCGUGCGCGCGCGCGCGCAGAGCGCGCGCCGGCCCACGAAGCCGGCGCGCGCGCUCUGCGCGCUUGCGAUAUUGCUUAGCAAACGCAGCGCGAAGGCAGUUGCCGUUACCAUAUAGGGCAACCGCCGGGAGGCGUGAAGGUCAGGGAAAUGGCCAGAAAGGAAGCGGGAGAAGGGAAAAAAAGCGGACCAGAUGGGAAAAUGGCCAGGAGGUCAAAAAUGACGCAAAAACGGCAGAAACCAAGCGGGAGAAGGUGAAAAAAGAGCAUUUUUGCGGUCUGGCCCACUUAGUAUCUGAAAAAGAGGCGGACUAUUUUUUGCUCCGCCCGCUGGCCAGCUGCGUUGGAGCAGCAGGCACGCGACCUGUCCGGAAGCCUUGGGCCGCUUCGUAACUGGAAAAAGUUGGAAAAAAAUGGCAAAAAAUUGCUUUAUAACGUGGGGGGAAGCAAUCGUCGGAUUUUGUGCAGAUCACCCGGGCCACUUGGAAAAUGGGAAAAGAAGAAAAAUCUUGCAAAAGCGCAAUCCCCCCGCAGGCUUCAAAACUGCCACCCAGGUGGGGGCGGUGAAAAUGCCCAGGUCGCCCGGGCCACUUGGAAAUCAGGAAAAGCAGAAAAAUUUCGCAAAAGCGCAAUCCCUCCGCAGGCUUCGAAACUGCCACCCAGGUGGGGGCGGUGAAAAUGUCCAGGUCGCCCGGGCCACUUGGAAAUCAGGAAAAGCAGAAAAAUUUCGCAAAAGCGCAAUCCCUCCGCAGGCUUCGAAACUGCCAGUCAGCUGCGGUCGGUGAAAAUGUCCGGAGCCCUUCGGCCACCUAAGAACCAGAAAAAAGAGCGAAAAUUGAAAAAAAUCGAGAACCCCCGGCAGGCUUACAAACUGGCCGCCAAGGGCGGUCCGGCGGGCGCGCGCUUGCGCCGUACCAUCGCGAUUGGGAAAAAAAAAACGCACUAGAAGCGGGCGGGGGUAUGUCACAAAUUCCCCAUUUGCCCUGGGUUGUGGGCAGAAAUUCAGCAUCUUCCCCGGGUCUGAAAUGGCCGAUUUUGGUGGCCCAGCAGGGUUCGCGGGUUUGCGGUUUUCCACAUACCUUCCUGGCCAGGUGGCCAGUUUGUCACGCAGGGGGCUACAAAGGAUGCCCCGCUGCGAAAUAGCAGACCGGAUUUCGCUUUCAAUGACUCGUUCCUUUGUACAAUUUCAGGUCGUCAGUCGCGAAUCUUCUGAUAGCCAACAAGGUGGAGCUGCGUUUGGAGCGAAGCAAGGUUCUUCUCGGACCAGCACCACCACGAGCUCCACGGCCCGGCCAAUGAAGAAAUCGGAGUCCAAACCCGAAGUGCAGCAACCCUCCUCCGCCACAAAGCAGCAGCUGCCGCGACUGAAAGCGCCAACGGACACCGGGUUGCGCCGGACCACGACCGCUGGUGGCGUGACAAGUUCCGGAGGUGGAUCCUCGUCGUCUUCCAGCAGCUCCAGUUCCUCGUCCCAGCCACAGAGCAAAAGUUCGUCUACUGGGUCUGCUUCAACGAAAGUAAUGAACCCAGCGACGUCGAGCAGCAGCAGCAACAGCAGCUCUCAGGAGAAGAUGCACCUCUACUACCCACACGCAUCAUCAUCAUCAUCAUCAUCAUCAUCAACCCGCGAACAUCAAGACAAUAAUUCCUUAAACGCUUUGCUCGCGGGGACGUCGUCGCGGCCGCGCCGCGCGCUGUCGGAAGACCUGGCGGACCUGGUGCCGCCCGGGGGUCCCGGGAAAAGGCACAACGAGGACGCGGUCCCAAGGCCUGGGAGCGGGAUAUCACAGGAAAAAAGUGCAUACAGUUUCACAUUUGUAGUGAAUUUAGCAACACAAAUUUUCUCUGCAUGAGACAAAACUUGCAAUGCAGAGAUCAUAAGGGAAAACAAAACUGAAACAAGGCUCCUAUGCUUAUCCGGCAUAACAGAGGUGGUCUGUCUUGCUCGUUCCGCAACACAAUAAAUGUGCAACUGUAGCUACACUUUUUUCUUUGCAUACAGGAACGCGGCAGCGUACUACAGGAGUCUGGGGAUUGAUGUGACGAAGCCGAACAGCGCUUCAGCAUCCGUUAUGUAGGUCAAUUCCCAACGACCCUAAAUCACUAUGAUCGCAUUCACAAAAAGAAAAAAGAGUCGGCGCAGAUUGUGCCGGGCGAUUCGGAUGGUAACCAGAAGCAAAGCCGCCCACCACCAGAGGCAGGCGCGCUAGGGAUUUCCGUUGGCGGCCGCGUUGCGGCGGCCCGCGCCACACCAUUCGCACUUGGCCCAGCGCUCCGGCGGCAUUCCCUGGAGCCGUUGCUGGGGGGUGCAGGGCCGAGCCACUCGUUGCUGUGGUCGCAUUAGCGAGCGGCCCACAGCAACGAUAGCACGCAUAGCACGCACAGCACGCAUAGCACGCACAGCACCGUGCGCGGGCCAAAAUUGUGUGCUAUGUGUGCUGUGGCACCCCCGACACAGCAAACAUAGCAAGCAUAGCACGCAUAGUACGCAUAGCAACGAGUGGGCAUUGAGCCGAUUCUCUGCGUGACUGCGCGCAGCAGGCGGGGGCGCGGCCGCAGUAGGAUUAGGGUGCCAGGGGACCCAACGGGAGCAGCCGCUUAUCCAGCGAACAGCGAGGAGCUCUACACUGCAGCCGUGGAAGUUCUAAUGACCCGGGGGCGUGCCACGAUGCAGGGCGACAAUUCAGCACUCGCUCCAGAUUCGACAGCCAUUUUUUUUUUCUUGUAUUGCAAUCAUAGCACAGAAGGGUCGUUGGGAAAUUGGCCUACUCGACAUCCGGUAGUAUACAACCCGGAACAUCCUCCAGCUCGUCCUCGUCUUCACGGCCACGCAGCAGCCACGGUGUCCUCGACAAGAACAACGCAGCCGCUGCUGCUGCUGUUGCGAGACAGUCGUCAGGAGGUACAGUGGCAAUUAGUAUUACGGCGGCAGAUGUUGACCGUCCGAAGGAAGAUGAACUACAAGGGCAGCAGGAACUGCAACAUCUGGAGCCUCUUCCUUCUGCCCCCGCUCCCAGUCAUCGCCCCGGUGAAUUACAAUAUCGGGACGAAGAUUUUUUUGGUCGAGCGUCUCCCUCUCCAUCACCGCCAUCCCGUAGAAGCGAUAGCGCUGUUGCGCUGGGGAAAUUUCAGACAAGUUCCACCCAUGCGAUGAACAAGUCCUCCGGUUCAUCAUCGUCCCCAAAAAAGUCGGGAGGUAAUUCAGGUAGUAGUAGUUCUACUUCAUCUACAUCAACCCGAGGGGCAGUUGCUGGUCGGAACAGCGCGCCACAAGUGCUUGGCAGCAUCAACAAGCCUGUCCUAGCUGCGCAUUCUGGGGCUGUUCUUUCUGCAACGGGGGGCCACACAACUUCUAGUGCCUGCUCGCCCAUCGCGCCGCCGGGGGAGGACUUCGAUCAGCCUAAGAGUGAUGGAAAUUCUAUCGGGGUUAGCGGACGAGAGCCCCCGCAUGCCGAAGAUGUCGCCCUGGUGUCCAGCGCGGCGACUGUAGUUCCAGCAGGAAGUUCGUCUACAAGGAGUCCUCCAGCAGCUGACCUUGUUUCUACUAGUGCUUCAAAUAAACCUCCUGCUGCGACGACGAAUAACCCUCUUCCUGCGCAGUCCAAGAAAGCGAUGGCCUUUGCGGACUACCUGCAGGACGUGCUGCCGAAGGCAAGGCUUCCGAAGAGCUUGCUUCUCGCAAACGACGUCGAGGAUAUGCCAGGAGGUGCAGGUUCAGCUGCAAUACACCCGCCAGCGCCGACAAGUAGCAACGUCGAGAAGCCCGACAUCAAACCUUCGUCCACCGCUGGGGUGUCUAAGAUGACGAAACCCGAUUUCAUCCUAAUGACGAAUCAGAAACAGCACGACAAGACCGGAACGGGAACGACCGUUUCUACCGCCUCGAGCUCGCGCGUCGGGUCGAAAGAACUGUUGCACGGUCACCAAAACCACUCGGUCUCCACAACGCUGCAGGAAAAUUCCUGUUCCGCCUCCUCCUCGCCCCUGGAGUCCGCCCCGGUUGUGGAGGGAAGCACGUCGAAUUCGGCGCGAGGAGGGCGAAUAAAUCCGUUCACCACAGGAGGAGCUGCUGCUUCGCCGCAAGAAGUAGAGCAGGAUCCAGCUAAUACUGCUUUUCGGGAUUUAGACCUGAGUCCGCAGCCAGCCGUGGGUGCGGUGCGGAAGACGCGCAUGCUGUUUGAGCCGAAGGGGAAUGGCGGUGGUGGUGUCGGUGUCGGAGCAGUGGAUCAGGUACUACAUCCGCCUAGCAGGGGAGAUUUUUCGCUUGAGGAUGAGCUGGCCGUGGCGCGCGGUUGUGGUACCAUCGACGGACUGAACUUGUUACCGCAGCAGGAACAACAAAGACCCGCCCGCGCAAAGAUAAAACGACAGGAAGAUGGAGGUACUACACAAGCCUCCAGAGCAGCGGUUGAAAAAAUCGCCGGUGCAGGAGCUGCACCCGCGCCGGGGACACACAUCUUCUCUGUAGCGAAAGAGGGGUCGUCGCCGCCCCCUCCUCUAGUACCUGAGGACUCCAACACUGUAAUUCCCCACGAAGACCACGUCCCCAUCCCGGAAGCCAAGAAGCUACCCACCCGGCGCGCCCGCGGUGCCGUGGCGGGGAUCGUGGACCAACACCGCUGCUCGAACCACAUUUUCGGAGCGGGGGCUGUGAGCGCCGCGGCGGCGGCGGAUAGGGAUACAGAGUCGAAAUCGAGUUCGAGUCGCAGUCCCACGAAAGAACUGGGUGGUGGUGCGCAGCACGGAGGUCCUUCGGGGAGUAGAACCAUAAACAACAAUAAUCGGACGACGCCGACUCUGGUGGACCAAGCGAGUUACUUGAGUGCGCGCUCGGAAGAGGAUACAACCACUUCGCUUUCGCCGGAUAGGGUGCAGCAGCAGCCAGCGGUAAUAUCCUCGUUGCAGAACAAGGAACAAAGAGCAUCCGCAGAGCAAGAACCGCCGCGGCCAGGGUCUUCUACUUCGGGUACGGGUGCCCAUCCGCGCGACCGCCGGAUCACUGCGCAGGCUGCCGGGCUGCCCUCGCCCGAAAAGCCAGCGGCGAGUGCGGGCAGGAAUUUGGCAAGAACCACUUCUACUGCCGGUGGAGCAGGACCUAGUAAUGGUGCGAGCAGACCGACUUCCUCCCGAGGUGGACGCGGUAAUAUCAAUAGCGCUUCGGCGUCGAACCGCACGUCCCCGGCUCGUGGUGCAGCAAAUCAACAGCACAGCGACAGGAAGAACAAGCAAAGCGACCUACAACUUCUCGUCGAGCACUUCGGGAAGCAGCACAACGAGAUUGCUCUGUGCUACAAACGGCGGCUGGAACAGGCACACCACGUGCUGCAGCUGUGGAACACAAAUCGGACCAGCGACGUGCUGGAUUUUCUCAGCCACUGCGACGGGGCGGUCUUCUGCGACUUUGCGCGCGCCCUGCUGCGCAACCGCGCGUCAAAAGCGCUCACGCUCACGGCCUGCACGAGGCUGCUGCCGUCCGCCAGGGAUGUGCUGCUCAGCUCCAAGUACGAGGACUUUCGGAAAGUGGGCACGCAAUUCGUGCGCGCAAUGCUGUCGCAUUUCUCGGCGGUAUAUUUCUUUAUACUUGUUUUCAUCUGAUACUGAUAGAUUCUGAUCAUAGCUACGCUGGCACUAUAUCUGCAUUACUUGUUCACAGGUGGAAGAACAAGAAACGAUGCAGUUGCAAAGAGAUCAUGAUGCCUGCCACCGCGACCUUUCUGCAUACCGAAAGACAAAAAACUGCAAACACAACAAAAAUUUUUUCAUCAGGUCAUUGUGGAAACGCACCGCAAGCGCGGGGUAGCGAAGCCAGACCUUGCGGCCGAGGAGCGGCUGCGGAAGGUGGAUGAGUGCUUGGCAGAGUUUUUCAACAUCCACCGGCUGGAUUCCCUGCAACCCGAGUUGCGUACCCCGCUGCAGGACCUGUUGGUCAAAACGCAGCGGCUCUGAUGUUGAAAAAAUCAGGGAUAGUAGUGCCUACAACUUCUAGGGCUGCUUUAGACCACCACGACAUGCGCGCGCGCUGCCAGUACAAAGACGACACAACAUCAACACGACUUUUUCAAGCGACUGCGACUCAAGAGGAUCAACAUUCCAAAUUGCAAACACGACAGAAAAGACGGAGAGUAAAAACGCGAGGAAAAAUAUAUCAAGCGUAAGCGGCG